AUGGCUCUCUUCCAGCAAAUCACCACUCCGACCAUCACCUAUGAGCAGCCUCUCGGCCUCUUCAUCAACAAUGAGUUCGUCAAGGGCGUAGAAGGCCGCACCUUCGAAUCCAUAAACCCCCACAACGAGAAGCCCAUUGUUGCUGUUUACGAGGCCACCGAGAAGGAUGUCGAUAUCGCCGUCGCUGCGGCCCGGGCUGCCUUCAAAGGCCCCUGGAAACAUGUCACCCCGACUAACCGUGGCCGUAUGCUACUCAAGCUGGCAGACCUGAUGGAGCAGCACGUCGACACCCUCGCGGCCAUCGAGGCCCUCGACAACGGCAAGGCCUACUCCAUCGCCAGGAUUGACGUUGCGAAUGCUGCUGGCUGCAUCAGAUACUACGGUGGCUGGGCCGACAAGAUCCACGGCAAGGUCAUCGAUACAGACACUGAUUCCUUCAAUUACACCCGCCACGAGCCCAUCGGUGUCUGUGGCCAGAUCAUCCCCUGGAAUUUCCCCUUGCUCAUGUGGUCCUGGAAGAUCGGUCCCGUCGUCGCCACCGGCAACACCGUCGUCCUCAAGUCCGCGGAGCAGACUCCACUCUCUGCCCUCUAUGCUGCAAAACUGGUCGUCGAGGCUGGCUUCCCGCCAGGUGUCAUCAACAUCAUCUCUGGCUUCGGCCGUGUCGCCGGCGCCGCAAUCUCCUCCCACAUGGACAUCGACAAGGUCGCCUUCACCGGCUCCACCCUAGUCGGCCGCCAGAUUCUGCAGGCUGCUGCCAAGAGCAACCUGAAGAAAGUUACCCUGGAGCUGGGUGGAAAGAGUCCCAACAUCGUCUUCAACGACGCUGACAUUGACAACGCCAUCUCCUGGGUCAACUUUGGUAUCUACUUUAACCACGGCCAGUGCUGCUGUGCCGGGAGCCGUAUCCUGGUCGAGGAGGGAAUCUAUGACACUUUCCUGGAACGCUUCAAGGCCCGUGCCCUGCAGAACAAGGUUGGCGACCCUUUCCACCAGGAUACCUUCCAGGGGCCCCAGGUCUCUCAGCUCCAGUUCGACCGCAUCAUGGGCUACAUCCGGGAAGGUAAGGCGGCUGGCGCCAAGGUCGAGAUUGGUGGUGAGCGUCUGGGCAAUGAGGGCUAUUAUAUCCAGCCAAACCAUCUUCAGCAACGUCACCGAGGACAUGAAGAUCGUCAAGGAAGAGAUCUUCGGGCCCGCCUUGCUGCUGCUGUCCACACCACGGACUUAAACACUGCCAUCCGCGUUUCCAACGAGCUUAAGGCAGGAACCGUCUGGGUCAACAAUUACAACAUGCUCUCCUACCAAACUCCCUUCGGUGGCUUCAAGGAGAGCGGUCUCGGGCGGGAAUUGGGAGAAUAUGCCCUUGACAACUAUACUCAGGUCAAGGCCGUCCGCAUCCGUCUAGGUGACGCUCUCUUCGGUUAA